CCCGAUGACAGUUCGGAUUCACUUUACGGUGCUCAGCCUCUAACAAUGGAAAAGCACCAUGAUAAACCUUUCCAAGAAAAUCUUCCACUUCUUUCCUCGCCUUUUCGCAACAUUCGAGAUUUUAUCCCCAAGGGCCUCGUAUUUUCUGAUCAGCAGGAUCCUAUCCUGAAUAAUAGAGAGAUUAGUAAUUUUCUAUCUUAUUCCACUGAUUUUUCAACGUGCGGUGAUAAUAUGGCUCAAAAUCCUAUUCAGAAUCGUAUUCUUCAAGACUAUUCGGAUCGGUAA